AGAUCGAGGGUGGCCCCGCUGCUGCGCGGCGCGCGCCGGAGCGCCGGCGCGCCCCGACGCCGCCGAUGCGCCCGCCGCCGCUGCCGCGGAGCUCUCGCCGAGGGCUACUGCUCAGCGCGUCGGCCGUGCUGCGCGCGCCGCGCACGGUGGGCCUGGAGGCGACGUGCGGCGAGGGCGGCGCGGACGCGAGCGGCCCGUGGCGAGCGGACCUGCGACGGGCCCUCGGCUUCGAAGAGCAGGCUUGGGAGCUGGCCGCCGCCGAGCUGAGGCAGCUGUCCGCCACCGCGGCCGAGGGGCCCGCGGGCGCGAUCCCCGCCGAGCUGCGCGAAGGUGUGAACUGCACCACUGGCCGCCAGUGCGUGGGGGAACUGUUCGCGCGCCUCCACCUGCUGCUGUACGCCACAGGCAGUGGCUCCAGUUCGCAGGGAGAUGAUGACAAUAAGAUUUGGCUCCGAGGUUUUCCGCGUAAAUUGCUGGCACCGCAGUUCAAGGCUCACUAUGAGUCAAAAGUGAUGCCCCUCUUGCAUGACUCGAUCAAGCACAAUGUCAAGCCCGUCUAUCAUAACAUGUCAUUCUCGUACAUGGUUGUUUUCCCGAGCAAGACGCACGCUCAGCAGUUCAAGGACGGCAUCGCGUCUCGGCAGUUGGAGUGCGACUGGGUUGACCCUCGGGAUAACGUUCAGCACCAGAUCCGUGCUGGUGCUCACAAGCCGUUGGAGAUCCGCAAGAGGGGCUUCGUAUUGAGUCAGCUGUGGCGUAUGAUCAAAGAGCACCUCUUCGCCCAUCACUUAUGGCGCGAAGGAGUAUGCAGCUUGGGCACCAAUGCGUACAAGGGCUCGUUGUACUUCUCGAACGGCAUCGAGGCCUGGGAGCUGUUCAAGGUGGAGGAACAGAACAGCGGCUACCGCAUCACACCCAUGGUGGAGGAUCUCCCCCAGAUCCACAUGAACGAAGCAGGUCGGCAGAUUGUCGACAAUAUUAUUGAUCUGGAGGCCGACUUACUGGAGCACGGCGGAGUCAUUUUCGCGCUGUGUUUCGACCCGAUCCUGCGGAGCAUGAUCGAGGCGCUCUUCGGCAGCUGCCGCGACGUCGGCGUCCGGCACGAGCCGCGGGCGAUCCGGCUCCGCGCCGGCGACGCAAACGCGAGGCCGGGCAAGGCGGAGGGGGCGCCGGACGCGACGCCGGACGAGCAGGGCGGCCGCAGCCCAGAGCCGACCGAGCUGGGCAGCCCGGAGCCGACGGAACUCCGCAGCCCCAGGCAGCCGCCCGGCGGUGCGGAGAGCGGCCUGGGCCCGGCUGAGGUGCCCAGCCUGGCGCCGUCGACGCCCCGCGGCAGCUCGCCCGAACCGGCUGGGGAGGGUGGCGCCGGGCCCGCGCCUGCCCCGGCCCCGGCCCCGCCCCUGCCGCCGCCGCCGCUGCCGCCGGCGCUGGGCCGCGUGGCCGCCCUGCGCCUGGUGUACGGCGCUGGACCGCGGCCUCGGCGUGGCUACGCCGACGCCAACGAGUCGCUGGGCCUCAGGAUCGACAGGGCGGCCCCCGAGAUCCUCGAGACGGCGCGGAAGAGGCUCGCGCAGGAGAUGCGGCGGGCGGAGGCGGACCUGAGGGACUACCCCGUGCCGGCCUUCCUCGCGGCGGAGCGCAAGCGGGGCACGGUGAUGAUCGCUGUGACCGGAGCCGCGGGCGUUGGGAAGUCGUCGCUCGUCAACGCCCUCUGCGGAUUCAGGCCCAAGGACCCGGUCGCGGCCGAGACGGGCGUGGUGGAGACGACGUGUGAGCCGUUGAUGUUCAGGCUCCCAGGGCACGCCAGAAUCCUCAGACCGCUCGCGGAGGAGAAGGCGGAGGUCUGCAUUGGUGAUCGGUUGCUGCUCAGCGGCGCUGAAAGACGACUGGAAGGCACAGUGGCCGAGGUCGUGUCGGCGCACUCAGAGGACACGUGGACCGUCCGGCUGGAGGACGGUACCGACAUGGUGGUUGGUUUGCCCGAUCUACGGAGCGCUUGGAUCAGAUACGGGGAUGGCGAGUGCGGGCGCGUGUUGACGUUUGGUUCGGCGCGCGGCUUGGGCACAAGUAGCGGGACGUGUGUUAUGCGUUCCCUGUAUAUACGCUUGAGCAGAUAG